AUGUUCAGAAUCGAUAAUGCAAAGGAAAAAGGGUUGGUUGAGGAAGGGCUCCUAAGCAUAGAUAAAGUCUCAGGAACUUUUGACAAGUUUCUGGAUUGCUACAAGCAGGCUGGCGUUGAUGUUGAUGUGCAUGCCGAAAUCAAAGUCUUGGAGCAUUUUCAUCGAUCGGGACUUCACUUUGCGGGAAACGACCGUUUCAUCGCUUGCAGUAAGCCGGCAUGUUUCUGUUGUGAAUUGUACUUUAAGCACCAUCCUGCUCGCUUCGUGAUCCCGGCGUCUCACAAAAAAGUCUGGACGAAAUGGAGCCCCCCCAAAGUCGAGUAUGGUGCCACUCUGGGUGAUCAAGCAAUACAGCAAAGGAAGAUCCUAAGCAAAAUCACUGAGGAUCUUCGCGAGGAGAUCAUCAACCAAGUUUUGCAACGCUCAAAACACAGCCACUGGCAUCCCGACUCGAGGACGGGUAUCACAGAUCCGCAUACCGUGAAUCACCAAGUGUUUUCGAUGCUGUCAGAUGACUCAGAGAUAUCAGAGUCCGAGUCCGACCUUGGUUUCUCAGAUGGCCCGGAGAGCGAGACGUUUUCAGAUAGUGAAGAAGAUGGCGGUGUUCCUUCCUCCCUCAAACGCAAAGCCUCAGCCAAUCUCCUAGCAGAUCUCGCCCACCCCAUCGAGUACGAUGCAACUCAAUCUCCGACGAAGACCCACGUCCAACAACACACGUCUCCCAAAGAAAUCUCAAGUCUCUACGAAAAGACCUACCUCGACACCAUCAUCGAAAUCAAGUGUCUGUUGCAGCAUUAUGCCUUUGUGCUUGCCGCAGAAGCGAAUCCCGAUCUGAACCUGGAGGGCCUACUGGAGGGCGACGCAAGUGCGGCGAAUGCACGUACAAGUGCAACUGUGGAUGCUGUGGCAGACACGAAAACGGAGCUGAAAGCGAUACUGGACGAUCUGGCCUCGAAGCCUGAAUUGUUGAGUAUGGAGAAAUUGAGAUAG